GUUGCUUGAUCAGUCAAUUCGUCAACUCAUCAUAAAUUUUUAAAAUUAUUAAAAGAAAAACUAUGAUUUUAUCUGUUGUUUUACCAGCAGCUGCUGCAGCUGGCAUCUAUUUGAUAAGGAAACAACGAGAAUACGCCUGGGGAUGGGUUAGAAACACCGGAUCAUUGAGAGGAAAAGUCUUUAUUGUAACUGGCGCUAACACUGGUCUUGGAUAUGAAACAACAAAAGCACUUGCAGCAAGAGGAGCUACUGUUAUUAUGGCUUGCCGGAACAUGGAUAAAGCAAAAGAAGCUAUUGAGAAGAUACGAUUAGAAACUAAGGAAGGAGAACUGAUCCCGUUAGAACUCGAUCUUGCUAGCUUUGACUCCAUUCGUAAGUUUGCCAACGUCAUCAAGGAAACUUAUCCCGUAUUUGAUUGUCUCAUCAAUAAUGCUGGUCUCGCUGUCCAAACCAAACAAACAACGAAAGAAGGAAUCGAACUUCACUGUGGCACAAAUCACAUUGGACCUUUUCUCUUAACAAAUCUUUUAUUGGAAAAUAUAAAGAAGAACAAUUCUCGUGUUGUUGUUGUUUCAUCAAAAAUGCAUGAACGAGCAACAAUUGAUUUUGAAAACUUUGGAAAGUUCACUGAAAAACCAAGCGGCGAAAGAUCAAAUCAUCUUUACAACAAUUCUAAGUUAAUGAACUUUUACUUUGCGAAGGAAUUGUUUAAGAAAGGUAUCGAUGUGCAUGUCUGUUGUCCAGGAUUAUGCAACACUGACUUCUUUCGCGAUUACGAUCCAAAAUUCUAUCAUUACAUUCUCUUCUCUCCUGUCAUUCUUUUCUUUCUACGUUCACCAGAACAAGGAUCACAAAAUAUUAUUCACUGUGCUACAGAUAAUGUCAACAGUGAUGACAUGAAUCCAGAUAAAUCUUAUAUCGUCGUGAAUAUUCAACAAACAAAAUCCAAAAUUAAUUUGAGUGAUGAAAUAUCCGAGAAAUUGUGGGCGGAAAGCGCGAAACUGUGCGGAAUCAAUUAAAUUUAUUGAAAUUCAUCAUCACUAAUCUUUCUAACUAUCUUUAUAUGGUUGUGCGCAAUUAAAUAAAUAUUAUUACUCAAUAUGGAUCAAAAUACUUUAAUAGACGAUUAUGAACACUUAAACAAUGACAUUGAAUAUGUUCUGGAAAAUAUUUUACAAGAAGACGAUGAUAGUGAAGAAUUUAGAGAACUCAAAGACAUGUACAACUCGAAUAUUAUAAAAUCAUGUGAAUGUGUCGAGGAAAAUUGUGAAAAUUGUUGUCAUGGUGGAAAUUACGUUGUGAAAAAUGAUCAAAUAAUUUUAAAUGAAAGUCGACCAUGUCAAGAUUUAAUUUAUGAAUGUCACGAAUUAUGUAAGUGUUUUGCUUGUAAUAACAGAUUAGUACAAUUCGGUCCCAGACUUGGCUUGAAGAUACAAAACUUUGAGUCAAAGGGACUUGGUUUAGUUUCAACGAAAGACAUUUCUAAAGGAUCUUUCAUUUGUGAAUAUGCUGGAGAAAUUUUAACAAAAUCUGAAGCGAUAAAGCGAGAUCAACAGAACAUGAUCAACAAAAGAAUGAAUUUCAUUUUCUGUCUCAAUGAAAUCGCUUCGUCAGGAGCUUCAAAUGAAAAGAUCCAAACAUUUAUCGAUCCCAGCAUGAAAGGAAAUAUCGGUCGUUAUAUAAAUCAUAGUUGUGAUGCUAAUUCUGAUUUAAUCAGUACACGUAUCGAUUGCAUCAUCCCUAAAAUAGCAAUUUUCGCUAAUCGCGACAUUCCUUCAAUGACUGAAAUUACUUUCAAUUACGGGACAUGUGGAAAUGAAUUUACACCAAAAGGAAUGACAAAACCAUGUUAUUGUAAAUCCAUUAAUUGUAAUCUUGUCUUGCCUAACUUUUCGUUUUAAUUGAAGUAGAUAUUUAAAUAAAAUUAUUUUCUCUAUUUAAAAACGUU